CUUAUUUUUGUUUGUUAAUAUGACUCAUUAUAGUAAACAUGGUAAUUAUCUGUAUUAAUUAAACAUAGAUCCUAGUGGUCAAUGGUAAAGAUUGAUUGAAAGAUAACGUAUAUAACAAGAAAUAUAAGAAAAAUAAGAAAAGGAAGAAUAAGAAAAUAGAAAGCGGUUAUAUAGGUAUUAUUAUCUAAAUGAAAAUAGAGAAGAAUUAGAGAGAUUGAUCAAUGAAUAAAAAUAAACAACAAUAUAAAAAACUAAAUAUGAUUCUGAAUUUGCUGGAGCAAUGCAGAAAUUCAUAUAUGAAAGAGAUAAUGUUGAAUAAUUAAAAUUAUAAGAACUCAAAUAAAAAUAAUCUGAAUUUAUAAGAUAUAGUCUCGAAUAAGAAUAAAUUAAAAAAGAAUAAUAAGUAUCACUAUUUUAAAUAUAUCUUAGCGACAAAACUAUUUAUAAGAUAGAUAAUAAUAAUUUUAAAUCGGAUUAAUGAUGGAUUAAGCUGAAAAAAAGGAUCACUUUCUUAAAUUAUAAAAAAAAGAACAAGUACAAAAAGACUUAGCAUAAUCUUAUGCUUAAUAAGAAGAAUAAAAAAAAAUGGAUUAAUAUUUAGCUAGACAAAGAGAAUAAUAAGUACUUCAAGAAUCAUUAUAAAGAAGUUAAAAAGAAGAAGAACAACGAUUAUUAGUAAUUCAAUUCUUUAUUAUAUAGCAAUUAACCAAAAUUAAAUAUGGAUAUCAUUAAAAUGAAAAUGUACUUUAAAAAUAUAAUGAUCUUUAUUUGUAAAAAGAAUAUAAAGAUAAAGAAAUUUAAAGAAAAUUUAUAGAAGAAGCUGCUUCAUAUAAAUAAAGAUAAGAAGAAGAAAAAUAUAUAAUGGAAAGAGUUAAUAAAGAAAAAUUAUAAAGAGAUACUGUUGAUACAAUAUUAAAUUAAAUUCACUCAAAACAGCAAAGUUAUAGAGAAUAAUAAAAUAUCAAAUAUAAAGAUUAAGAAGUCUUACUAGGACUUCAUUAGAAAUUUUAGAUGUAAGAAAAAGAACAAAGUGAAAGGAAAAAUCUGUUAUAGCAAUAAUAUAGAUAAGAUUUAAUCAUGUAAAUAGAAGAAGACAAAAAUAGAAAAUAAUAAGAAGCAUCAAUGAGUAUGGUUGAAUUAAAUAUGAAUAAGAAAAUAUUUGAAGUAUCAUAUAUAUAUAUUAUUAAAAUAUAGGCAGAAGAUGAUCCUUAAUUGGCUGGUAUAGGAGUUGUACCUGGAUUAUCUAAUCAUGUUGAUUAUGAAAAACUUAAAUAAAAGUAAUAUAAUUUCUAAUCUCUUUUAGAGCUUAUGUAGAUGGAACAUUUAAAAAAUCUGCAGAUUAACAAAUAUAAUAUAAGAGAUUAAGAAAUGUUAGUGCAUAUAUUGUUGGUAAUAAUGUUACUUCAAAUUAUGGUUAUUGA